CGGCACUUCAUUCGCCUAUCCGACUCGAUUCGAAAGCAGCCGCAGCAGCCCAGCACUAAUUUCGUGAGAGGUUUGGCGCGUCUGGGAGUUGAGGCGGGCGGAGAUUCAUCUUCUUAUCGCGAGCCCUAGCGACGGCAAGGAUAUCCAUCAUUACUGUUUAUUCUCUUCUUCGCUGCCCAGCACCUGUUAGUGGCUUUUUGCGGCCUCUGAAGAUUUUGAGCGGAGAGCUUUUAGGAUUUAUCUUUUUCUAUGGGAGGAGGUGGUUCAAAGUUUCAUGGGUCAUACCAAAGGUCAAAUGAGUACACGCAUACACCAUAUGGUACUGCGCAACACACUGCCAAUCCUGUCAACUAUGUGCAGCCAGGAACUACAGAAAGGCUACAAAAGAAGUAUUCCAAGAUUGGUGAUAAUUAUAGCUCACUUAGUCAAGUGACAGAGGCUUUAGCUCAUGCUGGUCUUGAGUCUUCAAAUUUGAUUGUGGGGAUUGAUUUCACAAAAAGCAAUGAAUGGACAGGUAAAAUUUCUUUCAACCGCAAGGGUCUGCAUGACAUUGGAGACACUCCAAACCCAUAUGAGCAGGCUAUUUCUAUCAUUGGUAGAACACUAUCUUCCUUUGAUGAGGAUAAUCUUAUUCCUUGCUUUGGAUUCGGAGAUGCAUCCACUCAUGAUCAAGAGAUCUUCAGUUUUUAUCCUGAUGGAAGGCCUUGUGAUGGCUUUGAGGAAGCCCUACGGCGGUAUCGAGAAAUAGUUCCGAAUCUCCGGCUUGCAGGGCCUACAUCAUUUGCUCCUAUUAUUGAAACUGCAAUAGGAAUUGUUGAUAGCACCGGCGGUCAAUAUCAUGUUCUUCUAAUAAUUGCUGAUGGACAAGUGACACGAAGUGUUGAUACACAACAUGGCCAGUUAAGUCCACAGGAGAGAGCUACUAUAGAUGCUAUAGUCAAAGCCAGUAAUUAUCCUUUAUCAAUUGUUUUGGUUGGAGUUGGUGAUGGCCCAUGGGACAUUAUGAGGGAAUUUGAUGAUAACAUACCUUCACGUGCAUUUGACAAUUUUCAGUUUGUAAAUUUCACAGAGAUAAUGUCAAAAAAUGUCCCUAUCAACAGAAAGGAAACAGAUUUUUCCCUUUCAGCUCUUAUGGAGAUUCCUGCUCAAUACAAGGCAACAUUAGAGCUCCAGCUUUUAGGUUGCAGGAGAGGGACUCCUCUGCGUGUUUGUCUUCCACCACCAACUAGGAGCCGUGAUUCUGCAUAUAGCUAUCCAAGAUACUCUAGAGAAAACAGCUUUGAUCAAGGUGCUGGUAAUCAUGUUUCGGUUUAUAGCAGUCCUAGAUACUCAAUAGCAAGCAGCUUUGACAAAGGCACUGGUAUUAAUAGGAGCAAAUCUGCUGUCACAUCUGAGAGCUCUCUUGAAGAUAAAUUGGUAUGCCCCAUCUGCCUUUCCCAGCAUAAAGAUCUUGCAUUUGGGUGCGGCCACCAGACUUGCUAUAAUUGUGGUAAAGAUUUGCAGCUUUGUCCCCUUUGUAAACGUGUAGUAUCCACUCGAAUAAGGCUUUAUUGAAAGAUUGAACUUAUAUUGAAGGGAAAGGAGACUUUGAUACUCUGCAGUAUGUCUUUGGUACUAUUUAUUUUUGUGUCAAAUAUUCGAUCAUAAUUUAAAUUUAUCAAAGUGGACAUAUUCAGGCAAAAAUCAUCAACAUAUUGUAUAUAACUGAUUUGUAUGAACUGUGCAUCCUGCUCAUUGUUGGCUCUUUUUCAUUUUCAUUGUAAAUAACUUCUUUAAUAUAAGUAAAGGCAUUUAAGGUGUUCUUGGGCU